AUGUCGACAAAUCAAGAAGAGGUGCAACUUCUAGGAGCUCUCGGAAGCCCAUUUGCUUGCAGGGUACAGAUUGCUCUUAAGUGGAAAGGAAUUGAAUACAAAUAUGUUCAAGAAGACUUGGCCAACAAAAGCGAUCUUCUCCUCAUAUACAAUCCAGUUCAUAAGAAGGUUCCAGUUUUUGUUCACAAUGAGAAGCCUAUAUCAGAAUCUCUUGUGAUUCUUCAGUAUAUUGAUGAGGUUUGGAAACAAAAUCCCAUUUUACCGUCCGAUCCAUACCAAAAAUCAUUGGCUCGAUUUUGGUCCAAGUUCAUCGAUGACAAGAUUGCGACUCCUACAUUGAAAGCUGUUUAUGCUUUUAACGAUGAGAAAGAGCGCGAGAAGAAUAUUGAAGAAUCAACUGGAGCUCUGCAGAUUCUCGAGAAUGAGCUGAAGGACAAGUUCUUUGGGGGAGAGGAGAUUGGUUUUGUGGAUAUUUCUGCUGUGUUCAUAGCUUUUUGGAUCCCUUUGUUUCAAGACUUAAUAGGGUUGAAAUGGUUCACUGCUGAAAAGUAUCCAAAGCUUUACAAAUGGAGCCAAGAAUUUCUCAACCAUCCAAUUGUGAAGGAGAAUGUGCCUCUUAGAGACCCUCUUUUUGCAAAUUUCAAGGCUAGAUAUGAUAGAGCUGUUUCUGCUUCAAAAUAG